CAUAGAGCUUGUAAAUUAAUAUUACCAUUACCUAAGUACUGAAAGCAAAAAAAAAAACAAAAGAAAUAUCAGGAAAAUAUGUUUAAAUUGACAUAAAAUAAAUAAUAAUUUAUUAAUUAUUAUUUAUUAUCAGCCCAAAACUUUGACCUUCUUCACUUCACACACGAUCGAUUUUAUAACAAAUAUAUGUAAGGAAUCCAUAUGUAUAUUUUAUUUAUUUAGACUUCUAUAAAAAAAAAAAAAAGUAGAGAUACAAAUGAAAAAGUCAAAUAUACCCCUGUGAAGUUGCACUAUAUAAAUGUGAGCUCUCCAACACUUAUAUGGUAUAUAAUCAUUUUAAUUUAAGAUUCUCAAUAAUCAAUAUAUUGAGCAAAAUCUAUAAUAACAUUAGUAAAAAUGGAAGUAGAACAAGUCCUCCACAUGAAUGGUGGUGUCGGCAAAAGUAGCUAUGCAAAAAACUCCUUUCUUCAAAGAGCGGUGAUAUCAAUUACAAGGCCAAUACUAGAUGAAAGUAUUACAAUUUAUUGUAAUAAAAUGUUGCCAAAGUGUUUGCGAAUAGCAGACUUGGGUUGUUCCUCAGGCCCCAACACACUCACUGCGGUCUCCAACAUUUUUGACAUCAUUGAAGCCUCUUCCCAAUCCUUUAACAUCAACUCACAAACUUUUCAAGUUUUCCUUAACGAUCUUCCUGGGAAUGAUUUCAAUGCAGUCUUCCAAUCUUUAUCGAGCUUUUAUGAAAAGCUUAAGAAAGAAAAAGGUGACAAGUUUGGACCGUGCUUCAUCACAGCUACACUUGUAGCCCAAAAUAGACCAUGCAUGACUCCAACAUGA